UUGUAAAUUGAUCUGAGAUUGAGAACUAGAGCUAAAUCACCUAUAUUUAUAUGUUCAGUUCUUGACAUUGAAUUAAUACAGCUUGUAUAGUAUUACAUGCUGCUUGUGAACUAAAACUUUUAUGUUGUCUUUUUUAAUUCUCAAUGCAGGGAUUCUUCCUGGCUACAAUCUUGGUAUUUUGUGUAGCUACAUCCAAUCUAGUCAUUGCUGACGGCCGGAGGAACUUUAAUGCGGCUGAAUUUGGUGCCAUUGGCGAUGGCCAAACUGAUAAUUCCGAAGCCUUUCUAAAAGCAUGGGAAGCUGUAUGCACCGCUACAGUUAGAGGCACAGCAACCCUAGAAAUACCUGCAGGCACAUUUUUGCUGAAUCCUGUCAAAUUUGAGGGUCCUUGCAAGUCUAACAAGGUUCAUCUUCAGGUUUUAGGAAAAAUAGUAGCACCAAGAACUAUUGACGAAUGGCGCCCCAGGUGUAAAAGUAGUGUUUGGUUGCUUUUCAGAGGAAUAAGCGGUUUGAUUGUAAAUGGACCUGGUGCGAUUGAUGGUCGAGGCUCAAAUUGGUGGAAACUUGGACAGACACAUGGAUGCAAGAGACCAAGGGCCUUGCAAUUUCACAACUGUAAUCACGUCAAGUUAAGUGGACUCACUCAUAUGAACAGCCCUAAAGUACAUAUCGGUGUGAAUGGCUGCAAAGGUGUCUCUAUCUCUAAUCUCAAUAUUUCAGCUCCUGAAGACAGCCCUAACACUGAUGGAAUUGGCAUCUCAGGCUCAACCGAUGUCCACAUAUCCAACUCCACUAUUGGGACUGGUGAUGAUUGUAUUGCUGUCAAUGGAGGCUGCUCCCAUAUCAACAUUACUAAUGUUACUUGCGGACCAGGUCAUGGAAUUAGUGUUGGAAGCUUGGGAGAUAAAGGUUGUAAUGACAAGGUAGAAGAUGUGCACGUUCAGAAUUGUACUUUCAUCGGAACCCAGAACGGCGUCAGAAUUAAGACAUGGCCGGGUGGAUCUGGUUAUGCCAAAAAUAUUUCAUUUGAGAGAAUUGUACUCCAUCAAACUAAAAAUCCUAUCAUAAUAGACCAACAUUACUGCAAUGGACACAAAUGCACCGAAAAGGCAGUGGCAGUGGAAUUGAGUGGAAUAAAGUAUAGUGGAGUGGAAGGAACAUCUGCAAGCAAACAGGCAAUAACAUUUGAUUGUGCUAAAAUAGGUUGCAGAAAUAUAGCAAUGGAUCAAAUUAAUAUUACCUCUUCGUCUCCUGGAAAGCAGAUUCAUGCCUUCUGUAACAAUGCUAAGGGAACAUCUACCUCUACUACACCUCUAGUCCCCUGCCUACUUUCACUGUAAAAACAUAUAUAUAUAUAUAUAUAUAUAUAUAUAUACAAUUGUAUUUUUUAUCAUUGU